AUGGCCGUUCACACUCCCCAUCGACUGCCGAUUGUCCUUGGUGUUGUCGCCUCGUUACUCUUCAUAAUCGCGGCGUUCCAUCAGCGCGGUGGCGUCCCCAAUGCAAAGAAGCUCUGGCACUUCUACGAAGUCGCUACCAAGUAUGGGACAGACAAGGUCACGGCCCAUAGCUAUCACCACAUGUACGAAAAGUACUUGCCCGCAUUCCGGAUGAAGCGCAUCAAGAUGCUCGAGAUUGGCCUUGGCUGCGACAUGGGUUACGGUCCGGGAGCGUCCUACAACCUGUGGCUCGAAUACUUCCCCUACGUGGACCUUUACUUCAUCGAGUACGACGAACGCUGCGCACGAAAAUGGGCUCGCAAAACAAGUGGAGCAACCAUCUUCACAGGAGAUCAAGCGGACGAAGUGUUCCUCGAGGAGUUCAUUAUAGAUACCGGUGGCAAUUUCGAUAUCAUUAUUGACGACGGCGGCCACACGAUGAAUCAGCAAAUCAAGAGUCUCGAACACCUGUGGAAAACGGUCAAGCCUGGUGGCUACUACUUCUGCGAGGAUAUGCAGACCAGUUAUUUUGACAGUCAUGGAGGUGGACCGACUGCAUCCAAGGAGAACGGGAACCAGACGUUCGUCCAGCUGGUUAAUGAGAUAGUAGAAGACAUGAACUCUGGCGGAAACAGAGUUCAAUUUGAUGGUGCGGGAGAGGUUCUGGGCAUUGACUGUAUGGCAGAGGUUUGUGGGUUUUGGAAGAGACCAGAAGGACCAGAUAAGCCCGCGAUGGCAGACAAACCAGUAAAGGUUGGUGCGAAUUGA